AUGAUGCCUCGCCGGGGCAGAGACGACGUACCCCAACCGAUCCUUCACCCCAUAGCCUCGCAUGCGACCUUUGACACGGCAGCACCGGCACCAACUCCACCAACGGCGCCACAGCCGCCUUCGGCCUCGGAGCAGCAGCAGCAGCAGCAGCAUGGCGGGAAAACGUCAAGGUCGGAACCGCCGCCGCCGGACCAGCUCUCCUUCUCCUACCUCCGCUCCCGGAAACUAGAGCCCUACCUGCCGCCGCCCGUGGACGAGCACCACCCCCCACCCUCGCUCACACUCACCCACAACUUUGCGCACCCCCCACCCCCACCUCCCGGGCAUCAACACCAGCAUCAGCAUCACCACCACCAGCAUCACGCAGGGGCAGCGCAACAGCAAGCCUCGUCCCCAGAGUCCCCAGCACCCUCAGCCCACGACGACGACGAGGAGGAACAACAACAACAACAACGCCACCACCACCCCCAUCACCACCAUGAGGGAGACCACUCGGACCACGACGAGGGUGAGGAGGAGCACGACGACGACGAAGAAGAAGAAGAAGAAGAAGAAGAAGAAGAAGAAGAAGACCUCGACUGGAAGCCCCGCCCCUUCAUAACCCUAACCUACGCGCAGUCCCUGGACUCGGCCAUAGCGUCCUCCCCGGGCGCCCGCACCGCGCUGUCCGGCCCCGCGACAAAGGCCAUGACGCACUUCCUGCGCAGCCGGCACGACGCGAUCCUCGUGGGCGUGGGGACCGCCGCCGCCGACGACCCGGGGCUCAACUGCCGGCUCGAGGUCGAGAUGAGCGGGGGCCACCAGCCGCGGCCCGUGGUGGUGGACCCGGCGGCGCGGUGGGAGGUGGGAGAGGGGAGCAAGGUCGUGCAGCUUGCGAGGGAGGGGAGGGGCCUUGGGCCUUGGGUGCUCUGUGCUGAGGGGGUUGUGCCUGACCCGGCGAGGGUGGCGGUGUUGGAGGGCGUUGGGGGGAGGUAUAUUGCUGUUGAGGGGGCGAAAAGGGCUGGGAGGGGUGGGGGGAAGGAAGGGGAGGGGAAGGAAGUAGGAGGGGAUGAGGGAGAGGAGGAGGAGGAGGAUGAGGAUGAGGACGGGUCAAGACCGGUGUUAACGUGGGACAGCAUCUUCGGCCUGCUGUGGGAGGAGGGCAUCAACAGCGUCAUGGUCGAGGGAGGGGCAACCGUCAUCAACGACCUGCUGCUGCUGGCGAACGAGGGUCUUGACGUGGUGGACUCGGUCAUCGUCACCAUCGCCCCCGUGUGGCUGGGCGCCGGGGGCGUCACGGUCGCGCCGGAGAGGCCCGUCGACGCGCACAUGCGGCGGGUGCCGGGCCCGAGGCUCACGGACGUCAUGUGGAGCCAGAUGGGCGACGACAUGGUGCUCUGCGGGAGGAUUAUGCGGUAA